AUGCCGACUGUACGCGUCGAGCCCAGCUCUGGAGAGCUUCUCCAGGACAUUGCCGAGUCGCUACUCAAGGCGCGCAAGAUUGUCGUCGUGACGGGCGCGGGAAUCAGUACCAACUCUGGCAUUCCGGACUUCCGAUCCGAAAAUGGCCUGUACUCCCUUAUCCAAGCACAAUUCGACGCGGCGGCCAGACAAGCGGCACGGAAGCUCGACACGGAUGAGACGCGAAAUAGUGCCGAUGAGGAGGAAGGAGACCGAGAUCGACCGGCUAAGCGUCGGAGAGCGUCUCGUACUUCUUCGCCGGAAUGUGAAGAGAAGGAGGAGAAUGACUGGAUGGAGCAAACGGACACAAACACGGAACUACUACCAGAGCAAAUAAAGCAAGAAGAGCUUGCCGCAGCUCCAAGUACGGCACCAGAAAGCCCGUUAUUGCCAGAAUCGGAACCGGCCAUUGCGGCACCCUACGCUACACCGCGCUCGGCGCGUCAUCCUCUCUCCAUCGCCCUCGCUCAGCUCACGACCUCCCCGCUGUCCUCACCACCGCCCGACGACCAGAUAGUGCCGCCGUCCGCCUUUCGAUUCGCAGGCCACCUCUCCAGGCUCGGCGUCCCUCCCAGCUCAUCGCCUCUCUCCUCGCCCCCACCAGUACUAUUUGAUCCCUACGAAACCAGUUCACACUCGGACACAGAGUCCAACGAGCCGAGUAGCACGAGCGACUCCGAGGCGGAGGACUUGUCCGCGGCGCGCAAGCUGUUUGCCUCCUCCCAAGGGCCGAGUUCUGCCAGCCGCAGCACGCUGCCCAACAUGAAAGGCCGCGACCUGUUUGAUGUCUCGGUCUGGGCUGACCCGGUCCGCACCCAAGUCUUCUACACCUUUGCCACGUCUCUGCGGCAAAAGAUUAGAGACGCGGAGCCGACGGGCUCGCAUAGAUUCAUCAGUCAUCUGAGGAAUCGCGGCAAGCUGGUCCGCUGCUAUACGCAAAACAUUGACCAGAUUGAAGAAAAGGUUGGCUUGUCUACGUCGCUGAUUGAUGGCCCCGGCAACCGUGGUCGAUUUUCGCGUCGGUCCACGGCCAACAAGGACCAACUGGCUAAAAUGGUGGAUGAAGUGUCGAGCAAAGAGCUUCCCGGUAGCCAAAGCUCAGAAAGCCCAGGAUCAGACUCCGCCACACCACAAGCAUCGCAGGCGUCAUUACCAGAGGCUCCUUCACAAACUGAUCCCGAAGCAUCGUCCUGCGAUGCCAAGAAUAGCGCACUCCCCGCAACCCUCAAGAAAGAGCCGUCACAGUCUGGUGUCGAGUGUGUCUUUCUGCAUGGAUCUCUUGAAUUGCUGCGCUGCUUUCUUUGCGCGCAAGUUUGCUCAUGGGACGAUGAGGACCGCGAGAUAGCGACAUUAACCGGCCAGCAGCCCGAGUGCCCGCGAUGCGCUGGUGCCGCCGCGGCACGCGAGGAGAAGGGCAAAAGGGCUCUGGGUGUUGGAAAACUGCGCCCAGACAUUGUUCUGUAUGGCGAGGAACACCCCAAUGCCCACCUUAUCAGCCCCAUCAUCACGCAUGACUUGGCACUCUACCCAGACAUGCUCCUCAUUUUAGGCACAAGCUUACGGGUGCAUGGUCUCAAAGUCAUGGUGAGAGAGUUUGCCAAGACAGUUCAUAGCAAAGGCGGCAAAGUCGUCUUUGUCAACUUUACCAAGCCGCCAGAGAGCUCAUGGGGCGACAUUAUCGACUUCUGGAUCCAGUGGGACUGCGACGCUUGGGUCGACGACCUGCAAGCUCGUGUUCCAAAACUUUGGCGUGACCCAUCGCCCAAGAAGCCGCGCCGACCUGCAGCGCAUCCCGUAGCUAUGCGCGAUUCCAAGGUCACUGGUGCUUACUGCACCCUCAAGAUCCUCAAAGAAUUACGCCGCAUUACAGGAAAAGAAACGCCGGAAAAGGCAACUCGCCGCGCAACAAUCACAGCCGAUUCAGCCCCGUCGUUGGCAAGUACCAGUACGACUGAGGCGCUGCCAAUUCCUGCCCCCAAGUUGUCUCGACCAAGGGCCAAGGGACCCCGCAAAUCCGCUCCGGGCGCUCUCGAAAAGGGUAAGAAUCGACCUUCUACGCUGAACCCCAACCACGGUCGCAGCCUUAAGAGUGAUGCGGCCGAGAUGGGCGUUGAGCAACCGCAGUCGCCUCUCAAUGUGCAACAACAGCUACAGCCGCAGCAGACCCCCCUGCCAAAGGACCACACUGCUGAAAACUCCAUCCUCUACUCUGUCAAAUCAAACCCCAGAGUCCGAAAGCGCAAAAUGAUUGACGGGGAAGAGGUUGUGAUGCCUACCGUGGGCAGACGUCGCGGCUCGCCGCAAAGCAAGCUCGAUUCGAGCAUCACGUUGCCACCACUGAGACCUAGUCUCGCGCCCUCGCCUUUCGGCAAGCCCCAGCCUAUGGAGCCAAAAAGCCCGCCGACUGGUCCGCUCGCGUCCCUCUCCCCAAAUCUUCGCUGGAGUGCUGCAUUCUGCAACCCGAAUCCAUUUUACAUUGAUGACCCUCUGGUUGGGUUGCUGGAGCAGCCGGCGGCGGCCGGCCCCAACAGUAUACUGGAGCCGCAUUCUUCGCAAAAGCCGCAGCAGCGAUCCAAGCGAGCUACGAAAGCCACACCCGAGGAUGCGGCUGUGGCGCCCCCCACUGAUCUGGGGAAGAGCCAGCUGCUAUUACGGAACGCCGCGGUUUCGCAGAUCGGAACCAGAGGACUGGAGUGCCUCCAAAGUUGGGGCUCCAGUUGGAAUUGCACCAAAUGA